AUGGAGGGUGAGCAAAUCUUGCUGAAGGUUUUACCCAUGAAGGGUGUAAUGAGGUUUGGUAAGCGAGGUAAGCUUAGUCCAAUGUAUAUUGAGCCAUUUGAAGUUCUUAAGCGUGUGGGAAAGGUGACCUAUGAAUUGGCUUUGCCUCCAGGGUUGUCAGGAAUGCACCCAGUGUUUCAUGUGUCUAUGUUGAAGAAAUAUCAUGAUGAUAGAAAUCAUAUCAUUUGUUGGGAUUCGGUCCUGCUUAAUGAGAACAUGUCUUAUGAGAAAGAGCCUAUAGCUAUCUUAGAUGGGGAGAUCCGUAAGUUGAGGUCAAAGGAGAUUGCCUCUAUGAAGGUCUAG